AUGCGUCAUCUCGACCUUCUCUGCCUGCUCCUCGCUACGCUCUACACUGGGAUCCAGGGGUCCUGGUUCUCCUUGAGCCCGACCCCGUCGGCUCGACGCCUAGAUGUAAGCGCGACGCCGGUCGUCACGUCGACCAACGUCGUCGUGGGCCGAGCGACGAACCUCUCGAUCGUGUUUGCGUUCUCGCAGCCGAUACCAGUGAACGCGACGCUCGCGCUCCAGCUGCCGCCGCCGUUCGCGUACGUCAACAUCGCCCCGUCGCUGCCGUUGCUUGCAAUUACAAGCUACGACGCGAGUGGCGCUCAAGUUCUUCGGUCAAGCAGCACGACGCUGGACUUUAGUCUCAACAACACGGCUGCGAUCGCUGCUGGGACAGUAGUCAACAUUACGCUACCUAACGUCCACGUCCCGCCGUCCACGGGCGUCCAAGACACGUACCACGUCGCUCUACUCGAUGACCAGAACCAGCAAGUUACUUUGGUGAGCAUCCUUGGUAGCGUCUUGCAGUCGGCGCCAUUGAACCUUGGGUACCUCGGAGUCCAGUCGCUGCGCGCUGGCCAAGACGCCGGCCUCAUGGUUGUCUUUUCCAAUGCACUCGAUAUUCCGUCCAACGGAGAGGUUAUCGUGUCCUUGAACCCAUCGUACCAGCUAAGUGUCAACACAACGUUGCACAUGCUCAGCCACAUCGGCAACUACUCGAUGACGCACGCGUCCAGUGUCCUCAAGAUCCAGCGCGAUGGCAGCACGAUCACGAGCGGCUCCACGAUCGCGUUCUGGCUCAGUAGCUUGCUCAACCCGCCGACAGAUGGCAUUGUGGCGAGCCCCGGCGUUGUGAGCACCGCCACAAACGAAGGGUACCUCUUGGAAUCCACGGCCAUGUCGUCCCUGCCCAUCUAUUCGGCUGCCGCCAACUGCCUUGGACAAUGCGCCGCAGGGUUCUAUGCGUCGGCCUUUAACGCGUCCAACGACGUCUGCACGGCAUGCUACGCUGGCGCAUACUGCACGGGCGGCACUGGGUACUACUCGAACGCCAACAGCGCCAACUGCACCGUGUGUCCCGCGGGGUCGUAUUGCGCUACGACGUCGAUGCCGCCUGUGGCUUGUACUCCGGGCACGUACAGCAGCAAGUACGGCGUGCACCCCAUGCCCCGCUGGCAUGCAAUCAGCGGGAGUCAGACCAGCUGCACGUUGUGUCCUGCGGGCGCCAUGUGUCCGACGACCACGUCGAUUUCACCGCUGCCGUGUGCGCAAGGAACAUACUCGAUCGCCGGUGCAACGUCGUGCACGUCGUGCCCCGUCGGCAAGUACUGCCCGUACGUCAACCAGUCGGUCGCGCUCGCUUGUGCCCCAGGAACGUUCUCGGUUGGCCUCGCGAGUGCCAACUGCACCUUGUGUCCAAGCGGGUAUCAGUGUCCCGCCGUGGAUGGCACCGGGAAUGCUCUCUGCCCAGCGGGGUACUUUUCGACGGGUGGUGCCACCGCAUGCACAAAGUGCCCUCCGGGGCAUGCGUGCCCUUCGACCGACACGAACGUGCAGCUGCCAUGCAGUUCCGGCUACUACAGCACUGGCGGCCAAACGGCGUGCGUACCGUGCCCCGCGGGCUUUGCGUGCGCGGAUCCGACGUCGGGUGCAAAGACGGCGUGUGCGUUUGGGACGUUCUCGGGCGGUGGACAAGCCAGUUGCACGCCAUGUCCUGCCGGGUUUCUCUGUCCGUCUGUGAGCAACUCGAGUAUUACUCCAUGCGGCCUUGGCCUCUACUCGCUGACCGGCCAGGGCACGUGUACGUCGUGCCCCGCUGGGUACAGUUGCAGCAACCUCACAACCACGCCCCAGCCGUGUGCACCGGGGUACUACUCGCUCGCGGGCUGGACAUCGUGCUCGCCUUGCAUGCCAGGAUACGAGUGCCCACACCCGGACCAGCCACCGCAGCCAUGCCCUAUAGGCUAUUGGAGCCCCGGUACGAUUUUGAACUGCUUGGAGUGCAACCCUGGCUACCGCUGCAGCCUUGCAUCGACAUCACCGACCCCUCCGGCCGAUGCGUGUCCUGCGGGGGGCUAUUGCAAUCCGCCAACGACAUUUUUCAUGUGUCCUCCAGGCACGUAUGGCAACACCACGGCCGGCGAGAGUGUCGACCAAGCGUGUGCCCCAUGCCCGCAGGGGUUCUAUUGCGGAAGCGGAAGCACUGCAGUGUCCAUGGCGUCAUGUCCACCGGGCUUUUACUGUCCCGUCGGCACGUCCUAUAGCUCUGCGUUUCCGUGUCCAGCGGGACAGUACAACCCAAACCCGAAUGCGGGCUCCAGCAUGGCCUGUGUCAACUGCCCGGCGGGGUCCUACUGCCCCGCAGGCAGCCCGCUACCAGCGAUAUGUCCGUCGGGAUCAUUUUGCCCCGCCGGAACGCAAAGCGCAACGCAGUACCUUUGCCCCGCGGGAACAUUUGGUGGCAACAACACUGGUAUCGUCUCGGGGUCGCAGUGCAUCCCGUGCACCGUGGGCAACUAUUGCCCGCCCGGAUCGGUGAGCCCGACGCCAUGCCCUGCCGGACGCUACAAUCCCUCGACAAGUGCAUCCGGACUGUACGAGUGCCUCUUGUGCCCCCAAGGCAUGUCGUGCCCCCAUGUUGGUCAAAUCGCUGUAACUGAUCCGUGUGCCCCGGGGCACUACUGCCCCGUCGGGACGGUCUCGGCGAUAUCGUACCCUUGCCCCGCCGGCACGUACACGGACGCGAUCUCGCUUGUGCGCAUCAAUGACUGUACCAUAUGUCCCGAGCGCUACGCGUGUUUGAGUGGCACGGGCAACAACAUGCUGCAAAUGCUGCCGUGUGCUGCGGGCUUCUUUUGCCCGAAUGGCACUGCGUUUCCAAAGCAAUUUCCGUGCCCACCGGGGUACUGGAGCAGCCUUGGCAGUCUCGCGGCCGCCAGCGAAUGUACGAUUUGUCCGCCGGGGUCCUAUUGCGCCGGCGGCAACUCGGUCAUUGAUGGCCCAUGUGGCCGAGGGCACUACUGCCCGAUUGGCACGGCGUUGCCGACCACGUAUCCAUGCCCUAGCGGCACGUACACGGCGCUGACCAACUUGACGGACCCGACGCAAUGCACGGCGUGUCCGCCAGGCGCCUACUGCCCGACCGGGUCUGUGACACCAGUAUUAUGCCCUCCCGGCUCGUACACGUCGGUGACCAAUACGGCAGCACCAGGACCAGGGACGUUUCCGACGUGCACGACGUGUCCGUCAGGGUUCUACUGCCCCCUUGGCAGCGUCGCACCGUUGCCGUGCGGCGUCGGCAAGUCGUCGCCAAUGGCAUCAUUCACGUGCCAAGCUUGUCCAGCGGGUUACUUUUGCGGCAGCAACACGACAGCCACCGAGCUUUUGCCGACGUCGGCAGGGACGUGGAACCUGCGUGGGUCUCUCUUUGGUCGAUGCUAUAACGGCACGUACUGCCCGGGAAGCAUGAACUACGAGCCAACGCUCGAGACGAAUGCAUGUCCACAGGGCUACUACUGUCCCAUGGCGACCCCAUCGCCUGUCUAUUGCCCCGCGGGAACGUUCAACAACGUCACUGGCCAAGACGCUCUUGCCGACUGCAUUCCGACCCCAGCAGGGUUCUUCAGCUUGCCAGCAUCGGUGGUGCCAACAGGCGAGUGCUCGCCGGGCUACUACUGCCCUUCCAUGUCGACGUCCGACACACAAGUCGCUUGUCCACCGCGUUACUACCUCAACCGAACCCAAGGUCGCUCACAAGACGAUUGCGCCGUGUGCCCAGCAGGCAAAUACUGCACCAUCGCUUCCACCGUACCCACGGAUUGUCCGCGCGGAUACUACUGCAUCACGGGGACGUCGAACCCCGAACCGUGCCCGUUGGGCACCUACGGCAACGCGACGGGUCUCAAAAUGAUGGAAAACUGCUUGACGUGCCUCCCCGGCAUGUACUGCGAUGGAACGGCGCUCACAAACCCGAGUGGUCCCUGUGACGCGGGAUUUUAUUGUACCGCGGGCUCGUAUACGUCCGCGCCAAGCGGGUCUGCCGGCACGAGUGGCAAUGGGCAGGGCGGGCAGUACAUUGGAGGGCUUUGCCAAAAAGGUGGCUAUUGCCCCCUCGGUUCAUCCACGUCGCUGCCAUGCCCCGCGGGAACCUUCAACAACGCGACAGGUGCCCAGAGUUUCUCCGACUGCACCAACUGUCCACCCGGAUACUACUGUCAAAGUCUUGGCUUGAGCCUCCCGACCGACGUCUGCGCUGCGGGGUACUUUUGUGUCUCGGGGGCCACUACGCCAACGCAAUACGAGUCCCCGAUCGGGCACUUUUCGCCUGCGGGGGCUUACAGCCCAUCGGCGUGCCCGCCUGGGACGUUCAACAACCAAGUGCGUCAGUCCCAGUGUGCCAACUGCCCCGCUCGCUUCUACUGCAACGGCACGGCGACGGUGCAGCCUGCUGUGUGCCCUCAGGGGUACUACUGCCCUGCGAGCACCGCACUGCCGCAAAAGUGCCCCGCUGGCACCUACAGCAACCUCACGGGCCUCGCUGCGACGACAGACUGCCUCUCGUGCCCGCCGGGCUUCUUUUGUCAGACGAGUGGACUUGUGCAACCGUCGGGGCCUUGUAUGGCCGGCUACACGUGCACGGGCGGCGCCAUGUUCCCCAACCCCAACGGACAGUCGUACGGCACGAUCUGCCCCGCCGGCAUGUACUGCCCCCUCGGGUCUGCGCUACCUCUGCCCUGUCCGCUGGGAACCUACCGACCCAAUACGCUGGGCCAAAACUUAACGGAUUGCACGCCGUCGCCCGGGGGCACGUUUAGCAACGCCACAGGGCUCACCGCACCCACGGGUGUGUGUUCUGCGGGGUACUAUUGCACGUCCACCGCUUUCAUUGCGACGCCAACUGACGGCGUCACUGGCAACCUUUGUCCUGUCGGGUUCUUUUGCCCGUUAGGCUCGUCCUCACCUCUCAAGUGCGUCGAAGGCACCUAUGCCAGCAGCUUGGGUCAAGCGCUCUGCACGCCGUGUCCCGCUGGCUCGUUUUGUGACGGAGUCCUCACGGACCGCCACCAAGUGUGCCCCCAAGGCGCCUACUGCCCACCGAGCACGGGUGCCUCGCAGCCACCGUGUCCGGUCGGCUCGUUCAACAAUGGCACGGGUCUGCCGGCGAUCACCAAUUGCACCGUGUGCACACCCGGGUCGUUCUGCGCCAGCGUUGGCCUCGUGCAACCCACAGCGUUGUGCCAAGCCGGUUUCUUCUGCAACGCCGGUGCUGUCAACGCGUUCGGACAAACGACGAGUCAGCUCGUCAACGGAACAUUGUCUGCCAACGCGUCAUCGUGUCCGAGCGGUAGCUACUGUCCCGUCGGGACAUAUCAGCCGGUGCCGUGUCCUGUGGGGACGUACUUGCCGACGCGCGGUGGGCGGCAGCUGUCCGACUGUCAACUGUGCACACCGGGACAGUACUUUGAUACGACGGGUGCUGUGGCGCCGAGUGGCCCAUGCGACCCGGGGUACUUUUGCCAGCACAACAACGCCGUGGCGCGGCCGACCACCAACUUUUGUCCCAGUGGGUCGAGCGCGCCGACGUUGUGUGCGGCAGGGACGUACUCGAUCAGUACGGGUGCCAGUCAGUGCACGCCGUGUCCUGCAGGCUACUACUGCCCGUCGGGGACGAGCGACUACAGCGGGCUAGCGUGUCCGCAAGGGUUCUACUGUCCGCAAGGAACACGCACGAUGCACGAGUAUCCGUGUCCGAAAGGCACAUACAGCAACCAGACGAUGCUGCAGAACGUGACGCAGUGCGUGUAUGCGCCGGGCGGAAUGUACGUCGACAUUGUCGGAGCAGUAGGGCAGUGCAUGUCUGGCUUCUACUGUCUCCGGGGUGCGACGUCCGUGUCGCCCAAUGACCAAGAGGAGCUCUGGGCAGGGCAAUGUCCCGUGGGCACAUUUUGUCCAAAUGCGACAGCGCUACCCACGCCAUGCGAGGCCGGCCACUACUGCGCGUCAUCGGAUCUUCAAAAAGCGAGUCCAUGCAGUCCUGGCUUUUACUGUGUUCAGGGCUCGUACACGCCGACGCCGACCGGCCAAGUCGUUGCGAAUGGCAUCAUUGGCAACGAGUGUCCUGCCGGCACGUACUGUCCCGCGGGCACGAGCAACCCGAUACCGUGUCCGUCGGGCACCUUUUCCAGCGUCAAGCAGCUCGGCAAUGUCACUCAGUGUCUGCCCUGCUCGGCAGGCUACUCGUGCCCCAACACGGGCACGAUCUUGCCGUCGGUGCCGUGCCCUCCUACCGUGUAUUGCCCCGGAAACAACGUGCAGGUGACGUGCCCUCUCGGUCAUUACUGCCCAGGGGGUGUCCUCACGGCACCCGUCCCUUGUGCUGCGGGAUCGUUUGCCAACAUUACGGGUCUGGCGGCAUGCUUUGGCUGCCCCGCGCGGGCGUACUGCGGUACGGGAACGAUCAUUCCUGUGUCCUGCCCAGCAGGGUACUAUUGCCCGACGAACACUACGUUUGCCCACGAGUAUCCUUGUCUGCCCGGGACCUUUAGCAACAUUUCGGCUCUUGCGAGUCCUCUCGAGUGUGCCCUUUGCCCCCCCGGCCAGUAUUGCUCGGGCCUGCCACCCACAUUGUCGCCGACGGGUCCUUGUGCACCGGGGUACUUUUGCGCUCUUGGUGCACGGACGCGAAUGCCGGUCGACAGCACGGGUGGCGUCUGCUCCGAUCGAUUCGUGUGCUUGGGCGGAGCGAGUGUCUCAAACCCCGUCGACGGCGUUACCGGACGACUCUGCAAUCCUGGCUCGUUCUGCGUCAAUGGUACCGAGCAAGCGUGUCCGCUGCAUACAUAUGCCGCCAUUGGCGGCCAAAGCAGCUGCGAUGCGUGUCCGUUGGGCCGCUAUUGCCCUGGCAACACAUCGGUACCAAGUCCAUGUCCGCAGCGGUACUACUGCCCCGUGGGUCCCCCCGUUCUCUGUCCGAACGGAACCUACGGCGCCCAGAUGGGUCUCGAACUCGCAUCUCAGUGCAGCUCGUGUCCUUCGGGCAUGUACUGUACCGACGGAACGAUCACGGGGCCUUGCGCGAGUGGUUACUUUUGCAAGUUUGGCAACUACCAGCCCAACCCGCUCAACUACCAUCAAAGCCUCUUGCCGUGGCAGCAACAGUCGGGGGGCGCGUGUCCCAUUGGUUACUACUGCACGCAAAAUACCACCGACCCGUUGCCAUGCCCAGGCAACUCGUCGCGUCUAUCGCCUUUUGGCACCGAGCUAUACGACUGUGCGGCGUGUCCGGCUGGCAAAAGUUGCUUGGACGGCACCGUGACAGUCGACUGCCCUGUGGGCUACUAUUGUCCAUACGCGCAACUGCCACAACCAUGCCCCAAGGGCACCGUCAACGACACUGCGUUCGACUGCCCCGCGGGCUCGUUUUGUCUGCGCGGUGCACCGGAUGCAAGCCCGUGUCCUGCCGGCACGUACUUGCCGACGACGGGUGGCUCAUCUGUGAGCAGUUGUCGCGUGUGCCCCGCCGGCUACGAGUGUCCGCUGGGUAGCAUCACGCCGAUCGUGUGCGAAGCCGGCUUCUACUGCCCCGCAGGCUCGGGCAACAUGACGAUCUGUGCACCGGGUUUCUACUGUCCGUUCAAUUCGACGGCAGGUGUGCCUUGCAGCGCGGGCUACUACUGCCCCAUGGGCGCCUUCAACCAGACUGCGUGCACGUUUGGUACGUACUGUCCGCCACGAGCGAGCAGCCCGGUUCCGUGCCCAUUCGGGUCCCUCUCGUUACUGCGCCCCAAUGGAUCGCUGUACAGCAGCCGCUCCGAGGCGUGUCAACUGUGCCCAAAAGGAACGUACGGCAACGGCGCCAACUGCACAACAUGUCCCGAGGGGUUUGUGUGUUUGGAAGGGUGUACGUCCCCAACGCCCCGCAACGCGUCGAUGGACAACGGGUAUCCGUGCCCCGCGGGCUACUACUGCGGCAAUGGAACAUUUCAAGAGCAACCAUGUCCCGUGGGCACCUUCAACCCGCUCACGAUGGGCACGUCAUUGAACACAUCGUGCAUGCCCUGUGCGGCCAAUACGUACCAGUACCAGGUGGGCCAGGCCACGUGCUACCCGUGCUCGACGAGCUCGAAUGCCGCCCUUGGCUCGGCGCAGUGCCAGUGUGUCGGCCAGAACCGCGCAUUCCAAAAAUCCGAUGGCUACUGCAUUUGUGAGCCGGGCUACGAGUAUUACGACUCGAAUGGCAUCUUGCGCUCCGACAGCGACGACACUGCCGACUGCCAGCCGGUGGUCUACCCUCGGUGUGGCUCAAGUCAGGUACGAUCGGCCUCUGGGAGCUGCGUGGACCCCUCGAGUGUGUCGUGUGCGUCGGCAUGCAACGGCGGCACCGGCACGUUUCUUGCGACGUCUGGCAUUUGCACGUGUACGAAUGCGCCAUCGCUCGACUCGGUCUGCGACAGUGCCUGCCGUGCCACGACGACGCAGCUGCGAUUAAACCCAUUGACGAGCACACUGCAAUACUACGACCCAUCGACCAACGUCUACACCCCCGUGCCGGCAGCCGACCAAGGCGCAAUCACGGGGAGCCUUAGCUGCAACACCAAUACGUCGACGAGCUGCCAAGUGCUGAGCAUGCAAGUGGGCGGGAAUGCCUUUAGCGGCACGUACAGCAACGUGCUUCCCGGCACGUCGCAGCGCCGCCGAUUGACCGCGUCGACGGGCAUUCUCAACCCAAUGCUCUGUCUUCAAAAGAGCGACUCGGUCCUCUUCUCGAUCAGCGGCGCGUCGUAUCCCGUGUACAUGAAGGACUCGCUCAUGAACACCAACCCGAGCUUCGACUAUGGACCGUUCCGGUCGUUGCAGGAGGCCAUGGCCUCGAACGCGUCGAUCGUAUCAGCGUUUGCCUACACGUUUACGGCGGCCGGCACGUACGUCUUUGCUCUGAGCAACAACAGCGCCGCAUUGACGAUCGUGACUGUCAUGGAGACGGGCGUCAAGUGCCCCACCGAUGGCCCGAUUGUGCCCAUGAGCCAAGGCAACUUGAUCGUCCUGAGCGCCAAGCCCAGCUCCAAUAUUAUCAUGGCGCCCAAUUGGGGUCUCAUUGCGGGAUUGCUCUGCGCGCUCUUUGGCGUCGUUGCGGGCAUGAUUGGCGGCCUCUACUACUUUCGGCGCAAGUCGUGGGUCGCGCAACACUCGAGCGCUGGCGGCUACAAGGACAAGGCGCGCGGCUUCAAUCUCAACAACCUUCACACGAAAGGCUCGGUUGUCAAGAAAACAGCCAAAGCGGUCAACGAGGCCGACGGCGCCGUUUUGCCCGAAGACCUUGAAGCCAAGCCCGAGGUCCAAGCCAGCGGCGACUACGUGCCCGAACUCAACCGUUGGGACGACGACGACCUCGGUAUUCGCGAGCUUGUGGAUCGCCUGCAGUUCCACCACGACUCGGUCGAGAAGGCAUUCCACGACCAAGAGACGGGCGCGGCCAAGAUGAUGAAGAUGUUGCAGAACGAAGCCGACGAGCUCAAGAUGCUUCUCGCGUCCUUGGUCGUGGCGCAAAAGAGCCAAGACAAGGACAAGGCACCGGCGAGCAACUGCGACGCAGAGCUCGUGCUCCUCGACACGCUACAAAAGAAUGCAGCCGACCGCGCAGACUUUGUCGCGAGCUUGUCCGAUGCCGAACUGCGCGUGGCAAAUGCAGCGAGGGAGCUGCAUACGCUUGUGCACCCCAAGACGAGCCUUGCUGGAGCCAUCAUGGACGAACUCGCGUCGCCAACUCUAUCGUCCCCCACGUUUGCCACGCUUUUGGCCAACCUCGCAUCGUUCGAAGCCAGCGUGGUCGCCGAGACCGGGUUGCUCCCGACACUGCAGUCCGAAGCCAACCGCCGCCGCGUUCAAAGCGCCGUUUGGAAGGCCUUUGGCCACACGACGAAGGAGCUGCUGCCACCGACGCUUCUCGAGGCCAAAGCCAAGUGCGAAGCUGCGCAUGGUGAAAGCGACGGUGCAGCAGGGGAGGCGUGCGACUACCUCGUCAAGUUUGCCAGCGUCGUGCCCACGUACACCAAGAAGCUGCACGACUUUGCCGACACGUUCCGCAGCGAGUGGCAGCACGCCGUCGAGCAGCAAAACCCCGCGCUUCUCAAGCCCGUCCGCGUCAAGUAUGAAAAGGUGCUUGGGACGCUGUUGAAAGAGCUCCAAAGCGGCACGACCAAGCUCUCACAGCGCGUCCACGCCGACCAACAGGCGCUCACAAGUGCACGGGCACGCUUCGUGCCAGCGACGACCCACUUGGACACCGAGCUUGCGCAGCUUCGCGACCACUUGGUGACGACGCAACCGAUCGUGGUCGACGAUGACGAGGAGCCGACGUCGGACGUCAAAGAGCUUGUGACGCAGCUCCGAGCGCUGCUGGCCAAUCCUGGACAGCUUCAGUUCGCGGCGCCAGCGCUCAAUCUUGACAAGCUCAUCGAUGAUGUCGCCACGGACAAGGUCGCGGCGCACCCAGCCGAGGCCGUGAUGGACGACGCUGACGAAGCGCUUUUGGGUGUGGAGCUGCGUCGCGAAGUGGACCGCGACAACGAGCGUCUCGAGAAGCUCAAGACGGACUUUUUGGCGACGUUGGAGGCCAAGCCCAACCUCGGCGAGGCCGAGCGAGAGAGCCUCCUUGACGCCUUCAACGAGGACAUGGCCCAUUUGCAGACUACGCUGGCGCUCGAGCGCGAGAAGCACCAGGAGCAACUGCGCAACCGACUUGCGAUCCGCAAGCUCAAGAAGGACACGGAGCUCGAAGCGCUACUGCAAGACGAAGCGCUCGAAGAAGAGAUGCUGGAGAAACAAGAGGCCGAGAUGCAAGCGCUAGAGCGCGCCUUUGCGGAAGAGCAAGCCAAGAUCGAAGCCGAGUUUGACUUUGGCGAACCCGACAUGGACUUUGGUGAACCGGACAUGGACUUUGGCGAGCCGGACAUGGACUUUGGCCACACGAACAACGACGGAGACAUGAUGCUACCGCCGUCACGAAACGCGUCGCACCAAGACGAGCGGGCAGACCCCGUCGGGCGCAUGCUGGAUAGCUUUGAUGAAAAGUGGCGCGAGAAGCAAGCGAACCUCGACGAUGAGCAUGCGCGGGCCAAGCAGCGGCUCAAAGACCGGCUACGUCACAAGCGAGAUCGCAUUCAGGACCCCGCCCAAGACGCGCUGUUGCACGCUGCUGAAACGCUGCAGGCACAGCUUUUAGACCGGGCAUUCGAGACGCAGCGCGACAAAGUGCGCAACGAAGCGUUGCUGAAGAAGACGAUGUCCAUGACACCUGCCGACGCUCUUGACAAGGUUGUGCACGACAAUGCAGCGAUAUGGGCUGCGCCCGCAAGCGGUCAGCCAUUGCCGCCCGAGCUUGAGCAACUGCAGCAUGAGCUUACACAAGCUCUUGAGAUCGAACACGACCUCUUGACAAGCGCCCAGCUGCUAGAAAAGGCGCAAUUCAGCUCGCUCGCCGAGUCGGACCAAACGACGCUGGACGCGAUCUACAAGGACUUUGACGCCAAGUGGAAGGAGCGACAGGCGCUCCAAGAGUCGGACGAAGCGCGAAACAAGCGCAAGCUCAUGGAGCGUCUUCAGGCCAAGGCUGCUUCGCCGCGCGAUGCGUUUGCGGUGUCAUUAGACGACGUGACCGAGAAAGCGCUUCUGCACGGUCUAGCUGCGGAGCGGGAUGCGUUGGAAACCAUCGGCGCGCUGCUAAAGGCCAAUGAUGCGAGUCAAGCCAAUGACGCCGAUGUGGCCGCGCUGCAGGCAACGUUUGCCAGGGAUUGGGCUCGACAAAAGCAGUUGCUGGCCACCGAGACAGCGCUCAAGCGGGCGCAGCUGGCAGCGCGACUCGCACGUCAGAAACAGCUCAUCGAUGCAAUGCCUGCCGGGGUCAAGGACGCAGCGCUCGCCAUACUUGCUUACGAGAACGCGAUUGCCGAGCGCCAAGUGGUGCGGGAGACGGACGUGGCCACCGAAGCGUUGCACGCCGUGAUCUUGACGGACAAGGCGACACUCGAUACAUUGUCGGUGGACGACAAGGCCUUCAUCCAGCGCUUGCUGGACGAGCACGCAACGAAGUGGGCCAACCGCCAGCGAGCGCUUAAAGACGACCACGCGGCCGCCAAAGCUAAUUUAGCCCGACGCCUUCAAGUCCGAGGGGAUGCGAAGCCUCUCAGCGCGUUAGCCAUGAAGGCGCUCGACGACACUUUCAAAGUCGCCGGAGAGAGCCUAGCACUUGCUGCGCUUCUUGAGAAGGCCCAACUUGUGGCCGGCGUCGACACCAAGUGGCAGCAGCGCCGACGCGAGCUCGACAUGGCCGAAGCCACCGUGCGCCACGAAUUGCAAGCAAUGAACGAAGCGACGCCCGAGGCGCUCGACGAGCUGGAACACUCGAUGGCGCUUCAGCGCGAGACGUUGGAACUUGCGGCCGAUCAGGAGGCGCACCAAGUGCGAGCACUGGAGGCAGCGAUGAGUGGUGAGGACGACAAGGCUGCCAACGACGACGACGAUCUCCGCCGGGUCCAGAGCGAGUACGCUGCGGCGUGUGCCCGUCGCCAAAAGGAGCUCGACGACGAGGCGGCGGCGCGGCGCGCAAAGCUCGCGGAUCGUGUUCGUCGUCAGCGCCUUGCAAACGAGGCGCUCCCCAGCGACGAGAAGGCCGCGGCCAACCACGCAUUGGAGGUCGAGGCUGCCGUCGAGACGCGUCAAGUCGAACUGGACACGGCGCUGCAGAAAGAAGCUAUUGCAACGUCACGCCUCGUCCAAGCGGCAAAGAGCCACUCGCUGUCGCCAGUCGAUAACGCCGACAUUGAAAAUCUGCUGGCGAGUCAUGAAAAGAAGUGGGCGGACCGCAACCGCCUUCUCGCCGACGACCAAGCGCUUGCCAAAGCCGCCCUAGCCGAUCGGCUCAAGAAGCGCCAGAACAAGGCGCUCAACGCUGUGGAAACAGCCGGCCUCGAAUUGCACACGAAUGUUGUGGCCGAGGCCCUCGCAACAGCUGCGCUGAUUGAAAAGGUGCAGCUCGGCAUCGAGCUGUCGGCCCCCGAUGCCAAGGCUUUGAAAGAGUUGACGACCGAGCACGACGCCAAGUGGAAGAAACGACGCGACGAGCUCGCAGCAGCAGAAGCCGACGGCAAACGAGUGCUGGCGCAGGACCCAACGACGACACCAGAGCGCAUCGAAGAGCUCGUCGCCAUUGUUGCAAAAGAGCGGGAGCUUGUAGACCACCUGGAACACGUCGAAGCGGCGCAGUUGGCGUCGUUGGCUCUUCCGCCGAGCACGGCGGCUGUUGAUGACAACGAGGCGGCCAUUGCCAGCCUCCAAGAGGCCUUCCAGCGGCACCGGCAGCGAGAACGCGACCUUGCGGACGCCGAAGCGCAGCUUC